AAAAAAAACAAGUUUAUCAAUGAAUUCUAUUUCUUAAUAAAUUUUAUGAAGAAUAAAGAAGAAGAUAAUAAUUCCUUAGAUCAAACAGAAGAAUUGUUUGUUCAAGAAGUAACAUCUUUUACUGAGCUAAAAAAUGAACCAAAAUCUUUGGAAGAAAACCAAGAAAAUGAGGAAAAAAGCCUAGGAAUUGAGGAAAUAAAGAAUAAUAUAUGUAAAAAACGUAUCUCAGAAGAUAAAGAGAGUAGUUUUGUUGAAAAAAUUGAAGGAAAAAGGCCUAAAAAAGACGACAAAGAAAAAGAAUUGCUAGAAAUCAAUCAAAGUCCAGAUUAUCAGUCUCAAUCAAUGUUUAAACCGUUUAAAACGUUUUCAGAGUCAUCUGUUUCACCUUUUUCUUCUUUAAAAUCUAAUAAUCCUAUGUUUGUCAAUUCAUCAGGCCAAUCAGCAAAAAAAGCAUUUGGAUCAAAUAUAUCAGGACCUAAUUUUGAAUCUCUUGUAUCUUCAUCAGAAAAAGAUACAAAAGAAAGCGUUUCUGAGGAAGAAAUAGCGAAUUCAUUAACAGAUACAUAUAAAAAGGCGUCAGAUAAAGCAUUUGGUAUAUUACUUGAGCAGCAAUUGAGUUAUCAUGAUAGUUUUGAUGAUAACAUGACAAAAGUAACUACAUUUGUAUUGGAACAAGAAGUAAAAACAGGAGAAGAACAUGAAAAAACAAUUUAUUCUACAAGAGCUAGACUUUAUGUUGUGGAUUCAGUUACAAAAGAUUGGAAAGAACGAGGAAUUGGAACAUUACGUGUAAAUAUUGAUGAAACUCAAGGAAUAAUUAAAAGAUCACGACUUGUUAUGAGGGCCGAUGCUGUAUAUAAAGUUAUUUUAAAUGCAUCUCUAUUCAAAGAAAUGUUAAUUGAAGGUGGAAAUAUUGAUGAUUCUGACGAAUGUAAUCUUGAUAAGUUUUUAAAGAUCGUUGCUCUUGAAGACGGAAAGCCUACACAAUUUGCAAUAAAAGUAAAAGAUAAUACUAUUGCACAACAAUUACGUCAACAUAUUCUAUCUGCUCUUCCUGAUAAAAAAAUACAACUCUAAAUCAUUACUACACAUUCUUCAUACUGAUUCAAUCUUCAUUCACU